GGGAAAAAAGGGUUUCCGCACAGGCACAGGACAAGCAGGCCUAUACAUUCUGCUCGGGGUCCUUCUCAACACCCUUCCAAGAUGGCAGCCAACAGUAGCAGCACGGUUAGCAAAUCCAGCGGCGGCAGCGGCGCAGGAAAACCGUCCGGCCCGUCAGCCGAGCAGGUGGUGGCAACAUUUCAGAGGAUGCGUCAGGAGCAGCGCAGUAUGGCCUCUAAAUCUGCAGAUUUCGAGAUGGAUAUCAACGAGCACAGCUUAGUCAUUGAAACCCUGAAGGAAGUGGAUCCUUCGAGGAAAUGCUUUCGUCUUGUAGGAGGAGUGUUGGUGGAGAGGACGGUAAAAGAAGUUCUACCAGCCUUGGAGUCUAACAAAGAACAGAUUUCCAAAUUAAUCGAGACGAUCAACACGCAGAUGCAGACGAAAGGGCGGGACCUCACAGAGUACAGGGAACGCUACAACAUCCGGUUGGUGGGAGAAGGUGAAGCAGAGGCACAGGGCGGGUCGGCGGCAUCUUCCAGUGACAACAAGGAGGGCGGGUCUAAAAGCGGAGCUGGCGUUUUAGUGUCGUAGUUUGUUAUUAUUGAGAGUAACCGUAGGGCCUUAUGAUUUCUGCAGUACCGAAAAUAUGGUUGGAGUCACACAAUAUAAAAUGUAUCUUCUCACACUUGAUUUUGAUUACAUUUCUGCCCAGAUACUGCACUUGGUACUGAGGUACUUUGGAGCAGACACUGACUCACUAUACAUAGUGUUGUUCUUACACAUGUGAAUGUUAGUGCUUAUACAAAUGUAGGAUGUUUGUCUUGAAUCUGCCUUUCAGUGAAGCUGACUUUCUUUUUCUGGAAUAUUGUGGCCUAAAUGAAACAAUUGAAUUCUUAGUUUUACUGUCAUUUAGCAUCAGCAAAUAAAUACUUCACUGUAUCAGAGUACGGAAAAUGUAAUCCCUCCUUAUUAAUAUAUCAUUUCAAGGAUCAAUCUAUCUAGAUCUAAUUAAAAAUUCAAAUGCUUAGAAAAUUCAAGACAGGAGGGCGGAAUCUAAUUGUUUAUAUAAAUACGCAUUUACUAUAUUUAAAUUUAGGACUUUGGACUUGCAACAUACAAAAAAAGCUGAUUUCAUAGGGCCCUAAAGUAGGUUGAGCUUUGCAAGUAGUCUUCCUUGCCAACGCAGUUCAGGUCCCUGAAGGCAUUUUGACAACAUGUUAUGAGCAUGAACAACAUACUGCAGUCAUGUCAUUAUAUAUCAAAAUGAACGUCAGCUUUUUUCAGCCUCUCACUGUAAUACACGUGACUCGAAAAACUGUCUUCACACGUAAGCCGUGUCCAAAGAACAGAUGCUGGUUUGUUUUCAUAUAAAUGUGACGUUUUUGUGCAGAGGUUAAUAAAGAGGACAUUAUGAUGAGACCAUAAGUCAGUUCUACCACCACAAUCGGGAUGAUAAGGCCCCGUUAGUAAAACCCCAUUAAAAGUUGUAAUAUUCUAUCUGGUUUAUAGCACAUGCUUGAGCUAUGUUGAAUUAAUUUCUGAACUCUGUCUAAAAUGAGGAAAUGUCGCCAAGGAACUGAUGUUUCCGCUGUCACCGCUGUCAAUGUAGUUGUGAGGACAAAAAUGGUUUUGUUAAUGGUCAAUAAAAAAUGUCACAAAUGUG